AUGUUCGCCUUCUACACGGGGACGGAGAAGGGCGUCCAGAUCGGCAUGCAGGACCCCGACACGGGCGACAUCUGGGUCAACAACUGCAACUCCAACAUCAACGGCGCGCCGCUGUUCCCAACGUCGCCUCACAUUGUGCUGCCGACGAAGGAGAAGCCCAAGAAGGGGGGCAGCAUUGCGGCCACGGGCUGGUGGGAUUCACAGCAUGUGAUUGCCUCUGUCUUCUGGCACUCGGAAAAGGGCGACAUCGUCAACGGCUACUACCAGUGCGAUGGCGAGUCUGGCACUUUUGUCGAGCAGGGCGAGUACAUCAUCUCGCAGACGGCCAACAUCCCGUCCUCGGACAUCCACCCCAACACGGGACUGGCCGUCGAGCUGCUGGGAAGCACUGAGGGCUAUCGCGUGUUUUACCACGACAAGGAGAGCCAGGUCCACUCCCUCUCUUACACCAACAAGAUCAACUGGAACUACUACGGCACCGUGUCCCAGGAUCCCACAUUCGGCAUGGCCUUGGCAUCUGCCCAUUCGUCUGACAACAACAUCACUGUCGUCUUUCCCAAGAGCACCAAAGACAUUGAGGUGUCUCGCCUGAACAAGGACGGCACCUACCAUAUCUCCACGUUUCCCGAGACAAUCGAGAACAUUCCCACAAACAACACGGCGCCCUCCAAGAUCGACAUCAACCCCAAGGUGCCCGUCAACUUCACCCUCCCCGCCUGGAACGGCAAGCCCGGCGGCAUGGGCGUCGCUAUCGACAAUUCCUACACUCGCACCGUCUUCUACAUCGGCACCGACAAGAAGGUUCACGAAGUCGCCAACAUCAACUUCCAGUGGCAGCUGAUGCCGAACCAGUCCACGCACGCCUGGCCUCUCGCCGACGACGCAAACGCCGAUCUGGCCGUCACCUACAAUUUUGACUCGAGCGAGGCGUGGGUGUACUACGUGUCCAACAACACCCUCAUCCAGGCGUACCGCGGCUCCGACGGCACCUGGAGCAACUCCUCCGUGGUGCCAACCUCGACCAGCGUCCCCGGUAGCGGCGACAGCGGUUCUGACUCCGGCUCCGACGACUCGGGCGACGACAGCGACAGCAACCCCAGCACCGGCCUCUCCACGGGAGCCAAGGCGGGCAUCGGCAUCGGCGUCAGCGUGGGAGCGAUCGGUGUUGGACUGCUUGGCCUCCUCUUCUUCCUCCGCCGACGCCGGCAACGUGCCGCUGCCGCCGCCGCCGAUGCUGACAAGGAGCAGCCCACCACCAACCUGGGUCAAAGUCAAUACCACGCGCCCAGCGAGCAGGCUUUGUACAUGGCUGACGGGUCGUUAGCACCGGCAUACACGCCGCAAACGCCAUACGACGCCCACGAUGCUUCUAAGAAGGGCACGCCCGACAUGACCAUGAGCAGCAUGCACAGCUCCGGCAUGGCGUCGCCGCCGCCGCUCGUCGAGAUGGAGCAGCCGCCCACGAUUCACGAGCUGCCACCUACGAACUAUACCUAUGAGCUUCCUGCUGAUAACGUGGAGCGCAGGUGA